AAUGUUGAGGAGCCGCUGUAAAACGAGCACGUAAACACAUCCUAGUGGGCCAAGUCUUCGACGACUCUUCUUAGCCAUCAUGGGCUUCAUUCGUCUUGCAUUGUUCGGCUCUAUUGCGCUCUCGUUCGUCUUGGCUGUCCCUCUCUUACCUAGAGAAAAUACGGCGGCAGUCACACCGUUGACGACGGCACAAAUCUCUUCGAUCACGCCAUUUGCACAUAUGGCAAGUGCUUCCUAUUGUUCUUCGGCGUCAAACAUGUCUUGGUCCUGUGGCGCUCAAUGCGAGGCUCUUCCUGGUAUGGUGCCGCUCGCUGCAGGCGGAAAUAACGACGCCGUGCCAGACUGGUACGUGGCAUACUACCCGAGCGCUGGCGCGGCGGUGGUUGCACAUCAAGGCACGAACACUGCAAGUUUAGAUUCGUGGAUCGAUGACCUUUCGUUCAUGCUCGUUGAUAUCGAUCAGACGUAUUUCCCCGGAACAUCUGGGCUCGAGGUGCAUGAGGGCUUCCAGUCGACUUUUGAGAGCACGGCCGCAUCGGUCUUGAGCGGAGUUCAGACUGCCAUUUCGUCCCAUGGUGCUACGCAGGUUUACGUGGUAGGACACUCGCUCGGAGCAGCCAUUGCCCUCUUCGAUGCCUUGUACCUCCAUGAGAAGGUCAACGUGACCAUCACCGUACGGCUGUUCGGCCUGCCGCGCGUAGGAAGCCAGGCUUUCGCGAACUAUGUCGAUUCCAAUCUUGGUGGACUGUAUCACGUCACGAACGACAACGAUAUCGUGCCUCGUCUACCUUCGACCGAUUUUGGCUUCGAGCGUCCCUCCGGAGAAGUCUUUAUCACAUCCAGCGGUGGCUCAACAUAUGACUUUUGCCCGGGGCAAGAAAAUUACAAUUGUGCCAUUGGAAUUUCGUUCCUGGAUGAUAGCUUCAGUCCGCAUGAUGGUCUGUACGCCGGUGUCAUGAUGGGAUGCUGA